AUGAUAGUAGUCGAAGAAUCUUAUGAAAUCUCGAGUCCUGUUCAACCAUUCACCACGUACAAACAUUCCAUUGAACUUCAAGCAAAUGUAGCUGAUCUUUGGUGGACGGUAGACAAUGUUGAAGAGGAGAUUAUCUUCGAGUUGCACGUUAAGACAACUGGAUGGAUUGCAUUGGGCAUCAGUCCAGCUGGUGGAAUGAUAGGAGCUGAUAUUGGUGUUGGAUGGGUGGACCAGGAAGGACAUGUUCAUUUUCAAGAUAGAUAUGCAUUCAAUCGUUCAAAACCAAUCAUUGACAAUACUACGAACGAUUGGCUUCACCUACAAGGUCGUGAACAAAAUGGAUGGACGUGUAUUCAGUUCAAACGUUUGCUUGAUACAUGUGAUUCGAUGGACGUUCGGAUCAAGUCUGGAACCAAUGUUAUCAUUUUUGCGUAUGGUCUUGUCGACCCGGAUCUGUCUCGACCGGAUGGUGAUAUAUCCUAUCAUGGUACUCGACGAGGUACCAGAAUGAUUCCACUUCAAUCUUAUGGAAAUUCACCUACAGAAGACAAAUUUUCCGAACUUGAUUCGUUCGAGUUUCGUUUCAAUAAUUAUCGAGUUCCAUCGACUUCUGAUACAACCUAUCAUUGCAAAGUAUACAAAGUUCCUAGUCGUCUUUCAACAAAGCAACAUGUUAUUGCACACAAGGCACUGAUCGAUCCGGCUAAUCGUGAUCUUGUACAUCAUCUACUCGUUUAUGAAUGUGAUUCUGCGGCUAUAUUCGAUGAUGCCAAUUUGCCUGAUGGUCUAUGCGAUGAUAUUUUCCCGAAGCUUCAAUUGUGCACGACAAACAUUGCUAGUAUAUGGGCUGUUGGCGGCGACGAGAUUGAAGAGUUUGCUGAAGAAGCUGGCUAUCCUGUUGGUGGUGAUUUUCCCAUAAAAUAUUACGUGAUUGAAAUGCACUAUAACAAUGCCGAACUAGCUUCAAAUCGCACUGAUAGUUCAGGCAUUCGAUUUUAUAUCGGGAAAGAGCUUCGGCAAUACGAUCUUGGCUAUCUUUCAUUUGGUACAUAUCCAAAUUCCGCUGCUAUUGCCAUUCCACCGAAGAUUGAUCGAUUUAAUAUCGACUCAUAUUGUUCGCCUCGAGCCUCUCACCAUUUCCCCGAAACCGGUAUCACACUUUUGUCAGCCUUUGCUCACACUCACUUACAAGGUCAUAGUAUAUGGACGAAAUUGAUUCGAAAUAAUACUGCUACUCAAUAUUUAUUUAAUGCUGAAGCAUAUGAUUUCAAUUAUCAAUUUGAAAACGUUCUGCAACAACCAAUCAAACUCUACCGAGGCGAUGCGUUUGCUACUCGAUGUGUAUACAGUACAAUGAAUAAGAAUGAGAUUACGCUGGGUGGUCCGCGAACAAGAGAUGAAAUGUGCCUUCACAUAUUUACUUAUUAUCCUCGAAUGAAUGAUUUGUAUUCGUGUUGGACAAUGAAUGAUAUGGCAUCGUGGCAGCGUUUGAUGAAUAGUUCUUCGCCAAUCACUGAUCGCAUGGUACUCAAACAAUGGCUACUCAAUAUUACAUGGACGCCUGAUUUAGCUACCGAAUGGCAAGAAUUCUACAACAGUGCGUCACGCGAUGCCUUCUUUGGUCGAUCUGGGAAUUUGGAACAGGAAUUUUUCUCUAUAUUACCCAAGUAUAAAGAUCUGCAACCUUUCGAAUGUGAAAAACAACAAACAAAUGAUUCUGCCGUUACUGCCAUCGGUUAUAAUUCAGCUAAUCAGUACAAGACAUUCGUUUUGCUCGCAUUUUUUCCAUUUAUAGUUAGAACAAGUUUUGAAUAA